CGAACUUUCUCCCCAGUCCUAUAUUUUCUGAUAUCUUCCCGAAUUGCAGAUUUCUAAAUAACAUUCAGUGUCGCGGCGAAGAGCCUAAGAGAUUCGAGAUCCGAGUACACCAUUGAUCUGCGCCAGCCGUUUGGCCCUUAGUCACCGCGUGAUCGGCGAUGGACGUGGAGAGAUCAUCCCUGUGCAAUUGCGUGGUGAACUUCCUCCUGGAGGAGAACUACCUGCUGUCGGCCUUCGAGCUGCUUCACGAGCUUCUAGACGACGGUCGUGAUGCGCAGGCCAUUAGGCUGAAGGAGUUCUUCUCCGAUCAAUCUCACUUCCCGUCAGACCAAAUUUCUCGCUUCAAUUCUCUACGAGUUGCGGACCCUCAGAGUUUGCUAGAGGAGAAAGAAUCAAUAGAAGAAAAAAUGGCAAUCACAGAGUAUGAGCUUCGUUUAGCCCAAGAGGAUGUUCUGAAAUUAAGGACUGAAUUGCAGAAGAAAACUGAAUCUUCUCAGGAUGAAUUGGAUGGGUCAAAUGUAGAUGUUUCCAUAAACCAUGGAUCCAAAUUUCAACGGAAAAAGGCUGAUUCUUCAUUCUCUGAUUUAGGCCCUUUGAAGGACAGUGAGCGUUGUGAUCUUAACUGUGCUGUGAAGGAAUAUUUGCUCUUAGCUGGAUAUCGGCUAACUGCAAUGACAUUCUAUGAAGAGGUUACCAACCAAAAUUUAGAUGUUUGGCCGAAAACACCUGCAUGUGUACAAGAUGCUUUACGCCAUUAUUAUUAUCAAUAUCUCUCAUCAACUGAAGAGGCUGCUGAGGAGAAAAUUGCCAUGCUUCGAGAAAAUGAGUUAUUAGUAAAGGAUAAUGAGAGGCUUAAUCAUGAAAAUGAAUCGUUGCGGAAAGGAAAAGAUCUGGCUGAUGGUCAAAUAAUGGCAUUAACAAAAUCAUUAGAAGUUCUUCAGAAAGAUUUGAAGGAUAGGGAGAUUCUGGUUCAAGAUUUGAAGCAAUCUUUGGAGCACCAAAGAAAGGAACUAAAUGAUUGCAGGGCUGAAAUCACUUCACUUAAAAUGCACAUUGAGGGAUCUCGAUCUGGAAGGCGUUUGGUACUUGGUGAUAUUGAACAUGCUCAACCUGAAUCUUUAGAAUGCUAUAAGGAUGAAAUAGAAUCUCUGAAAAUGGAAAUUGAAAGUUUAAAAGCAAAAAAUUCUGUUCCUUUGGAUUCUGUGGACUCUAUCAAUUGUAACAAGGAGGAUACACACUCAGAUACUGAAACUGUUGAGAUUCAUCAAGAGAAAACUGUAUUCUCUCAACCAGUUGAUAUGGUUUCAGAAUUGUUAGAUGUUCAAGAUACUCAAUCAGUAACUGCUCAAAUGAUGGAUGAGAACAACAAUAAGGAAAUCUCACAAGAGACAUUAACAAGUUUUUCAAAUGAUAACAGCAAUGAUGAUGGUGGGAAUGUUGUUGACCAGAAUGAAAAACUGGGGCUACUCUUAAAAUCAAACAAUUUAGGUGGUGAACCUGUUUCUGAGAAGAUGGGUUUAGAAACCAUUCAGAUCCUUUCUGAUGCCUUGCCUAAGAUUGUUCCCUAUGUUUUAAUCAAUCAUCGGGAGGAACUUCUUCCCCUAAUGAUGUGUGCAAUCGAGCGUCAUCCAGACAGUGGCACACGGGAUUCCCUGACUCAUACUUUGUUUAAUUUAAUUAAACGUCCAGAUGAACAACAGAGACGAAUUAUAAUGGAUGCCUGCGUCAGCCUUGCUAAGAAUGUUGGAGAGAUGAGAACAGAAACGGAAUUGCUUCCCCAGUGCUGGGAACAAAUUAAUCACACGUAUGAGGAGCGUAGGCUGCUUGUUGCUCAAUCAUGUGGAGAGCUUGCAGAAUUUGUUCGACCUGAGAUCCGUGAUUCUUUAAUUUUGUCUAUUGUGCAACAGCUGAUAGAGGAUUCUGCAACUGUGGUUCGAGAGGCUGCUGCUCACAAUCUGGCUUUGCUCCUUCCUCUCUUCCCAAAUAUGGACAAAUAUUUCAAGGUUGAGGAGGUGAUGUUUCAAUUGAUCUGUGAUCCCUCUGGAGCGGUGGUGGAAACUACUCUCAAGGAAUUAGUUCCUGCAGUGCUAAACUGGGGAAACAGAAUGGAUCAUAUUUUACGUGUUUUACUUUCUCAUAUCUUGGGUCCUGCUCAGCGCUGUCCACCUCUUUCUGGGGUUGGAGGUUCUGUUGAGUCACAUCUUCGUGUUUUAGGUGAACGAGAACGCUGGAAUGUUGAUGUUUUAUUACGAAUGCUGGUAGAAUUGUUUCCUUUUGUCCAUCAGAAAGCAGUUGAGACUUGUCCAUAUCCUUCUGUAUCAGAAUCAUCCGGAAUGAUAUUUUCUGUCUCUUUGCUUCAAAUGUAUGCAGGGGGAGGUGUACAGUGGCCUGCUUUUGAAUGGAUGCAUGCUGAUUGCCUCCCUGAUCUGAUUCAGCUUGCCUGUUUGUUACCUCAAAAGGAAGAUAAUCUGAGAAACAGGAUCACAAAGUAUUUAUUGGCUGUGUCUGAAGGGUUUGGGGAUUAUUAUUUGACGCAUAUAAUGCUUCCAGUUUUCUUAGUAGCAGUGGGGGAUACUGCUGACUUGACAUUUUUUCCUUCUACUGUCCAGGCAAGAAUCAAAGGUAAUGUUUCUUUCUGUUUUAGUGUUUGGAACAAUGUAUUUAUAAUUUCUUACUAUUUGAUUUUUUUCUUGAUUGCAGGUUUAAGACCAAAAACUGCUGUGGCUGAGAGAAUUUCUUCUAUGUGUGUCCUACCACUUCUCUUGUCUGGUGUUUUAGGGACCUCUUCCAAACAUGAACAGUUGGUGGAGUACUUAAGAAAGCUGUUAGUUCAAGGUGCUGUGAUGGAGAGUCAAUCAACGAAGCACAAAGCAGAGAUUUUUAAUGCAGUCCGGUUUCUUUGUACAUUUGAAGAGCAUCAUGGCAUGAUUUUUAACAUUUUGUGGGAAAUGGUUGUUAGCUCCAACAUAAAUAUGAAAAUCAGUGCUGCUAAUCUGCUGAAAGUCAUUGUAGCUUAUAUUGAUGUGAAAGUUGCCUCAACUCAUGUUUUGCCUGCCCUCGUCACUCUUGGGUCUGAUCAAAACCUGAAUGUAAAGUAUGCAAGCAUAGAUGCAUUUGGAGCUGUAGCACAGCAUUUUAAGAAUGACAUGAUUGUUGACAAGAUACGUGUUCAAAUGGAUGCAUUUCUUGAAGAUGGAUCACAUGAAGCCACUAUUGCAGUGGUCCGUGCAUUGGUGGUGGCUGUUCCACAUACCACAGAUAGACUCAGAGAAUAUCUUUUGUCCAAGAUAUUCCAAUUUACAACUACAACAAUCUCUGCAAGUGAUGUGAUGCGUCGGCGUGAAAGGGCUGACGUAUUUUGUGAAGCAAUCCGUGCUCUUGAUGCUACAGAUAUUUCUCCAACUAGUGUUCGCGAAGUUCUCUUGCCUGCGAUACAGAACCUGUUAAAAGAUACUGAUACGCUUGAUCCAGCACAUAAAGAAGCAUUAGAAAUUAUAAUGAAGGAAAGAUCAGGGGGCACUUUUGAGGCCAUCAGUAAGGUGAUGGGUGCUCAUCUUGGACUUGCAUCAUCAGUUACAAGUUUAUUUGGUGAAGGAGGGCUGCUUGGCAAGAAAGAAAGCGGAGACCAGCCACAGGAGCAGGUUGAGUCCCCAAAUGCUCCCUUGCAGCCCCAGGCAGAGGACACACGGUUUAGAAGAAUCAUGAGGGGUAAUUUCACAGACAUGCUUAAGAGGCAAAGUUAAUAGACAUGGAAAAACUUCCAAAGGGCAGUAAUUCAAUAUUUCGUCCGAUAAUUUUGUAAAAGUUUUCUUGCUUGUUCUUAUAUUUUCUAUUGUAUUUUUUUUUUCUCUUGAUUAGAAAAAGAACGUUUUUAUUCUCUUCUCUUGCUAAUGUAAGAUUGUCUUUCUAGCACAUUAGAAGUCUCUAGAUGAUUUUGGUUACUUGUACUAAUUAAAACCUGCGAAUUUGCGGGACAUUCUAAAUCUUAGCUUACCUGUUUCCAGUUAA